AAACACUAAAACAUAAGAAAAGAUUCCUCUCUCUGCCUUUUCCUUUCCUAAACAAGUAGAACUAAAGUUUCUGUACAACAUUUUAACAGAGUCUUGACAGCAAGAAAUACAAACCAUUCUCUCUGCAUUUCCCCAUACCCUUCAUUUAAACUUCAACACUAUUUCACCCUCAAUUUAAAACAAAAACGACGACCACCAACUUUGUUUACAACUCUUCUUUUUUUUUUUUCUGGUCACCAGAACAAACAUCUCUGUAGUUGGUUACCCUCUUCUCCCUUUGUUCCUCAUGAAAUAGGGGUUUGCAUUAUGCACAUUUGUGGGAUUUCUUUGACAAAAUGAAGUGUUGUAAGAGCAGCAACAGUCUGCAUCUUUGCAGGUCAUUUUCCUUGUUUUUGCUUCUUUUGGCUCCUGCUGUUCUUGGCCUUAACUUAGAUGGAAGUCUUCUUCUUUCCUUCAAAUACUCUCUUCUCAGUGACCCUUUGUCAGUUCUUGAUAACUGGGAUUACAAUGAUGCCACCCCAUGUUCAUGGACUGGUGUAACAUGUGCUCAGAUUUUGGGGGGUACCUUUGGUGGCAUGUCUGAUAUGUUCAGAGUCAUUAGCCUUAGCCUUCCCAAUUCUAAGCUUCUUGGUACUGUACCAGAAGACUUAGGCUUCAUCCCACAUCUGAGGACUCUUGAUCUUUCAGGCAAUUUCUUGAAUGGGACUUUGCCUAAUUCACUAUUCAAUGCCUCAGAACUUGAAGUCCUUUCAUUAGCAAACAAUGUGAUCUCUGGUGGGAUUCCUGAGUUCUUCGCCGGGCCGAAGAGUCUUAGGCUGCUUAACUUGUCUGAUAAUGCCUUAGCAGGAAACAUCCCAAAAACCAUAACUUCUUUGCAGAAUCUAACAGUGGUUUCAUUGAGGAGUAACUAUCUUUCAGGCCCUAUUCCCAGCGGUAUUCAUUCUUUCCAAGUCUUGGACUUGUCCUCCAAUCUGUUGAAUGGAUCAUUGCCUCUUGGAUUUGGUGGUGAGAAUUUGAGGUACUUGAAUCUUUCCUCCAACAAGUUCUCCGGCUCAGUACCUCAAGAAUUCGCGACAAAAAUCCCAGGAAACGCGACCAUCGAUCUUUCGUUCAAUGAUCUCUCCGGAGAAAUCCCAGAAUCAAACAGUUUAUCAAAUCAGAAAACAGAGGCUUAUGCAGGAAACACAGACCUUUGCGGCAAACCGCUCAAGAAGCUCUGCACUAUUCCUUCAACUCUAUCAACCCCACCUAAUGUUACUACAAACACUUCUUCUCCGGCAAUUGCAGCCAUACCUAAGACAAUUGGCUCCACCCCACUGCCUAAUUCUCCUGACACAACCCCAAGUUCGGGUCAGAUUCCACCACAGCACGGCCUAAAACCGGCUGCAAUAGCAGGAAUUGCGGUUGCCCCCUUAGCCGGAAUAGCAGUUCUUGCAGUCUUAUUCCUCUACAUCUACCAAAAGAAGAAGAAGAAAGCAAAUGCUGCAGCUAAAGAAACGUCGACCACAACAAUCAAAGCACACGAAUUCAAGAAAGAUUCAGCGCCAGCAGCUGUAAAAGAGACGAAAAAUCUUCCCACUUGGCCCUGCCUAAAUGUGAUCUCAAACGGAGAAGAAACAUCAGAAGCCACGGGCUCAGACAGCGACGAGAACAGCAACUAUGUUACUGAUCACUCUCAACUGGAGAAUCAGAAUCAGAAGCAUGAACAAGUUAAGAAUGAGAGAUCACUAGUGAUGGUCGACGGUGAAACGGAGCUAGAACUGGAGACGUUGCUCAAGGCUUCCGCUUACGUGCUGGGUUCCAGCGGCGAUAGCAUUGUCUACAAAGCUGUGCUUCAAGAUGGGACUGCAUUUGCUGUAAGGAGAAUCGGAGAGAGCAGCGUCGCGAGAAUGAAGGAGUUCGAGGGCCAAGUUAAAGCCAUUGCCAAACUGCGGCAUCCGAAUUUAGUUAGAGUUAGAGGGUUCUAUUGGGGAGAUGAUGAGAAGCUCGUGAUCUAUGACUACGUCUCAAAUGGAAGCCUGGCGAAUGUUGGUUACAGAAAAAUCGGGUCAUCCCCGUAUCAUUUGCCUCUUGCAACCCGGAUCAAGAUAGCUAAAGGCGUAGCCAGGGGGCUGGCUUACAUCCACGACAAGAAAAAUGUGCAUGGCAACAUCAAACCUAGCAACAUUCUCUUGACACCUGAUAUGGAGCCCAUGGUCUGUGAUUUUGGACUUCACUGGCUCAUACAUGGCAAGCACACCCGCAAAUCCGAUGGCUCAGCCAGGCAUUUCGGCAGCAAGAGAUCCACCGAUGAUUUAUACGAUCAAUCCAUUAACGGAAGCCCCUACAUCGCCCCGGCUGGAUUUGUCGGUUGCACGUCUCCUUAUCAUGCUCCGGAGUCGCUCAAUAACCUCAAGCCUAGUCCCAAGUGGGAUGUCUACUCUUUUGGGAUUUUGUUGCUUGAGCUUCUGACCGGAAAAGUCUUCUCGGACCGGGAGUUGAGCCAGUGGAACGUGGGUUCGGUGGCCGAGGACCCCAACCAGGUCCUGAGGAUGGCCGAUGUGGCGAUAAGGGGUGAUGUGGCGGGACGGGAGGAGGCCAUGCUGGCAUGGUUUAAACUAGGGUUUAGUUGUGCUUCAUUGGUCCCUCAGAAGAGACCUUGCAUGAAAGAUGCAGUUCAUGUGUUGGAAAAAACCCCAUGAUGUUCAAAUUAAUGAUGCAGGGGUGUGUGUUGGAAGCAAAAGUUAAGGUUGUAAUUGGAUGAAGGGAGUGUCCUUUAGUCUUUUUGACUAAUUACAAUAUGUUUGUUUGCGUAAGCAAGUUGUGAAAUCUUGUCUGAUGAUAUCAAGCUGGCGUGAUAAUUGUAACUUAACCGAUUGAUAAAGUUGUUAAUGACA